AUGGACCCCGUCGUCAGAACCGCUUCUCCCUAUCCUGAUCCAACAGUCAAAGGCCCUAGAUCUGUUCUUCAAGCUCGCCGUCCGGAUUUGCGCAGAAUGAUUUCCAACAGUGUUAACAAGACCUCCCUCCACCCCGGUGGUGUUCAGCCUCACCGCGAGCACACCGAGCUUGAGGAGGAGCUCCACGAGACCGCUCACAUUGACUACGACCACGUCGCCAUUAUCCACAACCCCUCCGUUGCCGCUCUCUACGAAGAUGCUCUGGUUUACGAGACGGGCUCCGCCAUCACCGACUCCGGUGCUCUGACUGCCUACUCCGGCGCCAAGACUGGCCGCUCUCCCCUCGACAAGCGAAUUGUCCAGGAGGACUCGUCAAAAGAUGACAUUUGGUGGGGACCCGUCAACAAGCCCAUGACUCCCGAGCCUAGCUCCAGCCCGGCCCAUGCGGGCAGUUCGCUGCACCUCUGCGCCGCAUUCUACCUUUGCGCCGCCGGCCUUGCAUCUGAGACUGGCUCAAGAGAGCCGCAUCCUCAGCUCUGCGAACCCGUUCCCAACCUGUCGCGGCCUUGGUGCCUUGCCCUGCUUUGGGAAUACCUUGUCUGGAAAAUCAACCGCGAACGUGCCGUCGACUACCUCAACACCCGCAACCGCAUCUACGUCGUCGACGGUUAUGCUGGCUGGGAUAUCAAGUACCGCAUCAAGGUCCGCGUCAUCUGCGCCCGUGCCUACCAUGCUCUCUUCAUGCGCAACAUGUUGAUCCGCCCUCCUCGUGAGGAGCUCGAGGGAUUCCACCCCGACUACACAAUCUACAACGCUGGUACCUUCCCUGCCAACCGUUACACCGAAGGCAUGACCUCUGCCACCUCGGUCGCCAUCAACUUCGCUGCCAAGGAGAUGGUCAUCCUCGGUACCGAGUACGCCGGCGAAAUGAAGAAAGGAGUAUUCACCGUCCUCUUCUACGAAAUGCCCAUCAAGCACAACGUCCUCACCCUGCACUCCUCCGCCAACGAGGGCAAGGGCGGUGAUGUCACCCUCUUCUUUGGUCUCUCUGGUACCGGCAAGACCACCCUGUCUGCCGACCCCAACCGUGCUCUGAUCGGUGACGAUGAGCACUGCUGGAGUGACAACGGUGUCUUCAACAUUGAGGGUGGCUGCUACGCCAAGUGCAUUGGUCUCUCUGCUGAGAAGGAGCCCGAUAUUUACGGCGCCAUCCGCUACGGCUCCGUCCUCGAAAACGUCGUCUUCGACCCCAGCACCCGUGCCGUCGACUACGACGACAGCACCCUCACCGAGAACACCCGCUGCGCCUACCCCAUCGAGUACAUCUCCAACGCCAAGAUUCCUUGCCUCUCCACCAACAUGCCCACCAACAUUAUCCUCUUGACUUGCGAUGCCCGCGGUGUCCUGCCUCCCAUCUCCAAGCUCGACCGCAACCAGACCAUGUUCCACUUCAUCUCUGGUUACACCUCCAAGAUGGCCGGCACUGAGGACGGUGUCACCGAACCCCAGGCCACCUUCUCGUCGUGCUUCGCCCAGCCUUUCCUGGCCCUGCACCCCAUGCGCUACGCCAAGAUGUUGGCUGACCGCAUCGAGGCCAACAACGCCAACGCCUGGCUCCUCAACACCGGCUGGGUUGGCGCCGGUUUCUCCCAGGGUGGCAAGCGCUGCCCCCUCAAGUACACCCGUGCCAUCCUCGACGCCAUCCACAGCGGCGAGCUCGCCAAGGUUCAAUUCGAGAACUACGACAUCUUCAACCUGCAGGUCCCCACCACCUGCCCCAACGUCCCGGACGACAUGCUCAACCCCAAGAAGGCUUGGACCGCUGGCGCCGAAAGCUUCGAGGCCGAGGUCAAGAAGCUUGGCGGUCUCUUCAACGAGAACUUCAAGAAGUACGAGAGCGAGGCCACUCCCGAGGUUAUCAAGGCCGGUCCGUCGGUCUAG